AUGGCUAAAGGCAAGCCUUGGGCUGGCAAAAAAGAUUUCUAUGAGAAGAUCAAUAAGAAAAGUCCAAUGUCUCAUAAAAUUGCACAUCUUGAGUCUUCUGAAGGGGAGAGAGACAUUUCAAUUAAAGAAAAAAACUUGAAUGCAGAUGAACAACCUGAACUCUCCGAGGGGAAUUCACAGAAGAAUGAAAUGGAGCAAGUCAAUUUGGAGGCAGAGAUGGAAAUUGAGCAAUCACUAGCUUUACACCAGGAGCAUUUAACUUGUAAGGAUUCACCAACCAAUACAGAAUCUCAUUAUCUUCCCUCGAAGAAAAUGGAAUUCUCAAACAGAAGGCAAGAAUGGAUGGAGAAUACGGAAAAAACAGAAAAGAAAGGACCAUGGGAGAAUUUCACUAUAAGAAGCAACAGUUCUUGGCUGUGGAAGAGCUGGGGGUCAGCCGAGAGGGUGCUUAGAAAGGGAUUACGAAUCAAGAUCGGAGAUGGAAGAAAUACUAAAAUCUGGAAUGAGCCUUGGAUACCUUCUUCUCCAAACUUUAGAUUGAUAGGAAGAUAUGAAAAUCAUCAUAAUCUUGAAUGGGUGCACCAGCUAAUGGCGGCUAAUGGGAGAGAAUGGAAUACCAACUUAAUCAGAAGCAUCUUUGAGGAGCAGGAUAUAAAGGCCAUUCUCAACACUCCUUUGAAGAACCCUCAGAACUCUGAUAAAGUAGUGUGGCAUUAUGAUCAGAAAGGGAAUUUUAGUGUGAAGUCUGCCUACAAUACUUUUCUAAAGCUUGAACAUAUUGCUAAAGACACUCCGGAGAGUAGCGUGGUCAAUACGAAGAUGAGAAGGAUGUGGAGGGUAACCUGGGGCCUCAAAGUGAAGCAGAAGCUGAAACACUUCAUAAUACUUUCUUACACUGAGACAGUCCUGCGAGCUCAACAGAUUACAGCUAGUCAGGAUAGAGAAGUAGCUGUAGCCCAACUAGUGAUGGUUCAACCGAUCACUGCACAACCUGUGACAGUUCAGCCGGUGGCAUCAGCAACCCCAACUGGAAUUGCGGGAAAGAGAAAGUGGAAUAGAAAGCAAAAUCAGGCUAAGAACAAGAGGGGUGGAUUAGGCCGACGAGAUGACCAACCCCAGGCUAUCCAGCAAUCCCCAAAUGGACCGCCAUGGUAUGCCAACUGUGGUCGUGCUCAUAAUGGAGAGUGUCUAGCAGGAUAA